GGGCUUUUCACCUCCUUCCGUGUCCGCCAAGAAGGGUUUUAGGGUUUGUCUCUGAAUCUCUGAAAUUCCAAACCCAUGGAUAGAUACCAGAAAGUCGAAAAACCUAAGCCCCAAGCACCCAUAAACGAGAACGAGAUCCGAAUCACAGCACAGGGUUUGGUUCGCAACUACAUCAGCUAUGCCACCACUCUUCUCCAGGAGAGACGGGGGAGAGAGAUUGUCUUGAGAGCAAUGGGACAGGCAAUUAGCAAAACGGUGGCCAUUGCAGAGAUUAUAAAGAAAAGAAUUCCCAGGUUGCAUCAAGAUACUGCCAUCAGUUCAGUAAGCAUUACUGAUGUUUUUGAACCAAUUGAAGAGGGCCUUUUGCCAGUGGAGCAAACUCGCCAUGUAUCGAUGAUUUCAAUUACCUUGUCAACUAAGGAGCUAAACAAGAACUCUCCUGGGUACCAAGCUCCAUUCCCUGUGGAGCAACAAAAACCACAGCACAACUAUCGGCAGCAGCAACCAAGACAAGCACGUUUACCUUUUAAUGUUGUUAAUGAAGAGUCAUAUGGUCGAGGACAAGGCCGUGGCAGAGGACGGGGAUGGGGAUGGAAUCGGGGUGGUGGAUACGGAUACUACCAAGAAAAUGAUGGGUAUGCAGGCUGGAAUCGAGGUGGUGGCCGUGGUAGAGGUUGGGGGUAUCGUGGUGCCGGGUAUGAAAGAGGUCGAGGCGGAGGGGGCAGAGGUUAUGGUUAUGCGCGUGGCCGGGGACAGAUGGGCGGCCGCCGUAAUCGGGGUGGUGGCAACCAGGCAUAACAGUAUAUGGCACAAUAGAUAUAUGUGUGGCUAGGCUUUAUAUUACAUAAUGUGCCAUGUCUGUGAAGUCUUUUAAGGUUUUGUCCUACGGUCUACCGGGAGUGGUUGAUGAAAAUGUCACUUUGAACACGUUGCAACAAGCUUGGUUUACUCUGUUCCAUGUUUUUAUACCAAGAGCAAGUAGCCAUUUCCUAGUUGUGCAUA